AAUCUCUAAAUCCUAUAAUAAAUACCUCUGGUUUUUAAAAUCUCGCUGCUAAGCCAGACACAUCUAAAUACUAGCAGAGAUUUGAACCCUUAUGUUUUCAGGAGAAGAGAAACUUGACACAGGGAAAAACACGAUGCGGCUUCUCUGUGCUUCCCUUUCUCUUGCCAUGGUAUGCUGGCUAGCUGAAGGUACCCUGUCAAAAACAGAUGCAAAGAAAGGUGCUACAAAAAAGCUGGAGGAAAAGAAACUGCAUUCUGAUAAAAAUGUUCAGGACCGGGGAUUGGUAGUUGUGGAUCCAAAAGCAAAGGAUAUUAUACUGGAACAUAAAAGUUAUUGCUCCAAGAAGAUGAAGGAACGACAUUUCUCAGGAGAUGUUCUGGGAUAUAUUACUCCUUGGAACAACCAUGGUUAUGACAUUGCUAAAAUAUUUGGAAACAAAUUUACACUAAUCUCACCGGUUUGGUUACAAGUGAAGAGGAGAGGGAAGGAAAGGUUCCAGUUCACUGGGCUCCAUGAUGCUGAUCAAGGCUGGAUGAAAGAAGUGAGAAAAACCUCCAAAACCAUAAAAAUAGUGCCUCGAAUUUUGUUUGAUGGCUGGACUUACCAAGAUUUUGAGAGUGUUUUUGGCAGUGAAGAUGAGAUAGAGGAGCUUUCCAAGAACAUGGUUCUGCUAGCCAAGAAUGAAAAUUUUGAUGGUUUUGUAGUUGAAGUGUGGAGUCAACUGGGAAAUCAAAAGCAAACGGAGUUGAUUCACUUGCUCAUUCACCUUUCUGAAGCUCUGCAUGAAGCACAACUUAAAUUCAUACUGGUCAUUCCUCCUGCAGUUGCAGCAGGGACCAACCAGCCAGGAAUGUUCACAAAGAGAGAAUUUGAUCAGUUGGCCUCGGCAAUAGACAGCUUCAGUCUCAUGACGUACGACUAUUCAGCCCCACAUCGACCUGGUCCAAAUUCCCCCCUUCCCUGGGUACGAACUUGUGUUGAAGUACUGGAUCCUGAUUCAAAAUGGAGGAAUAAAAUACUUUUAGGACUGAAUUUCUAUGGCAUGGACUAUUCUGCUUUGGGAACCUCUGGGGAGCCAAUCCUUGGCAGCAGGUACAUUGAAACCUUGAAGGAACACAAGCCAAAAAUUGUCUGGGAUGAACAAAUUGCUGAACACUACUUUGAAUACAAAAAAAAUAAGGGAGGAAAACAUGCAGUCUUCUACCCAACACUGAAGCAACAAAAUCCAAAGAACAGAGGAGACUGCCCACUGUGGUAAGAUACCAGUGACGAGGGAGGAGAAUUCACAAUGGAAUCCAAACAAGAUUUCCCAUGGCAAGUCCCAACGUGUUUUCUAACUGUCUAACUCAGUAUCUAUGCAGAUCAUUUACACUUAGCAAAUUCUUGCAGACAAAUUAGAGUAAAUAAAGAGUCUGGGUUUAAAUAAUGCCACAAUCAAUCAACUGCUGGUUUCAGUUGCUUACCUUUGGUGCCACAUUUAUAGCACAACACUGAAGCCAAGGGGUUAAUAAAGCUGUGACUGUCCAUGCUGAGCAGCUCCUGUCCUGCCCUGGGAAUGUGUAAGAGGCACCCCAGUCACUCAGUGUGUUCUCAGUGUGACCAGUUCUCAUCAGUUUGAGAAGUGAGGAUCUGGGUGGAUUCCCUUAGCAGCCCUAUUGAUGAUGCAAGACAGAGGAUUUUUACAGCUUCUGUGCAGUCCCUUCCUCUUCAUAUGAUAAAUCCUACAAUGCUGCAUUUAAAUGCUAAUUAUUGAUCAAAGAAUAAACUUUUAUGAGUUUGUUUAAUUUGAGGGGGGAGACCAAAGAAGUAUUCAUAGAACAGAAACUGAAGUGUAUUUCAAUGAUUGUGCACUGUAUGAUGAAGAGCUGAGUAAUUCUGUUGUACAAGUAAUAAGAUUUGGCUGCUAGUGACAGUGUGGGAAAAUGAACCAUAUUCUCUUAAAUAUAUGGGUUUGGGUGUUUUUUUAAAUAAUUGUGAAAAUGAAAAGCCAAAAGUAUAUUGGACUGAAUCAAAAAAGCUAAAUCCUGAUACUGCUGAAUUCAGUAGGUUCAGUCAUAUGCCCUGUGCCCAUAUCUUGUUAUUAAGCAGGAACAGCCAUGAGAAUAAAUUAGGAGUGCUCCUUUAUUGCCUUUGGUUCUGUCUUUAAUUUAAAUGUAUUGAGUCCUCCUUCAUGUUUAAAGAUAAGAAGUCACAAUAAUAUAAAAGGCUUUACUAAAAGUGACAAGACACUAAUAGAAGCCAUUGGAAUGACUUCUGUGUUGCUCUGCCUGCAUUCAAUAUCAGCAGCCUUUCAAAUGGAUAUUAUGUACUACAGGUUACUUAUAUACAAUCAACCGGUUUAAUGUGUAAAAUGAAACUGUCUCUUUUUUUGGCUUUUUGUUUUUUUCUUUUUAAAGAUUGUUGCUGUUACACAUCACAAAAUCUUCUGACCUUGUCAGCAGAGAAAGGAUGCAGGGACGUUAAGAAAAUAUGGUAAGUCUGAGGCUUGUUAUAUGCAGUGUGUUCAGUGGUAUGAAAUUGGAUUGUGCUGGUAAUGCUGUAAGCACUGUAACAGCUGUUUGGUCUGUGUGGAGAGAGUUAAGAACAUCAAAUAUACAAAACAGUCCAGUUCAAAUUAUGAACAAGUUGCAGUGGCAUCUCAGUUGGUAGUGGAAGAAGAGUAUUUUAAAAAGAAUUAUUAGCAGCAAAAU